AAGAAGUCUUGUUUACAUGGCUGGUAUGUCCUGUUCCACGCAACCCAAACCUAGCUGAGAAGUGAAAUGAUUUUAAAGUGUUUUGGAAGAUAAUUUGCUUGCUGAAAUUAAGUGGCUGCCUAAGGGGCAACAUUAACGAAGUUACAGAUAAGUUCCUGAAAUACGAACCUCGUCUUUGAGAGUGAAUCCGUGUAAAUGGCGUCGACAAACGAUCCAUUUCAGUUUCAAGAUUUCGAAGAAGCUGGAAAUCUAUUGAACAGCAACAGAGAUGCAACCACCAUUAACAUGGAAGAUGAAGAUGUCAAACCAGACAAACAGAGAAACGCUGCUGUUUUCACUCCUGAUGAACAUGAUGAUGACUCACUUGCCAGUGAUGACAAGACAGAGCUUCUCUCUGGGGAAAAGAAAAGCGUCCCUUUCUGGACCUUUGAAUACUACCAAAGAUUUUUUGACAUCGAGACCCAUCACGUGAAGGAAAGAAUCCUUGGAUCAGUGGUGCCAUGGCCUGGAAAGAACUUUAUUCAUGUCUACCUUCGACGAAAUCCUGAUCUUUAUGGACCGUUUUGGAUUUGUACCACUCUUGUGUUUGCCAUUGCCAUCAGUGGAAACAUAUCCAACUUUCUAAUGCACUUUGGUAAACCCAACUAUAAGUAUACCCCAGAGUUUCAAAAAGUGACCAUAGCUGCAACAGCGAUCUUCAGCUAUGCUUGGCUGGUACCCCUUGCCCUCUGGGGUUUCCUGCUAUGGAGAAACAAUAAGGUUAUGAACUUAGUGUCGUACUCCUUCAUGGAGAUCGUCUGUGUGUAUGGAUAUUCUCUCUCCAUUUACGUUCCAGCAGUGGUCCUGUGGAUUUUCCCAUAUGAAUGGCUCAGGUGGUUCUCCAUCGUGGUGGCUCUCUGCCUCUCCGGCUCAGUUCUGGUGAUGACUUUCUGGCCUGCAGUCAGGGAUGACCAUCCCAAAGUUAUCAUAACAAUCAUGACAGCCAUUGUUGUGCUCAACGUUCUGCUUGCUGUUGGUUGUAAAGUCUAUUUCUUUAGCAAACCAGACCUAGAGGGAAAAGUUGAAACUUCUACUGCGACAGAGGCGAUCAAGGCACCGUCUUCGACAUGAAAGCCUUUCGUUGUCUGAAGAGCAGAACAUCUGACACCGGACUUCCUUUACAUGAUUUCUCCUUUCCAAGGCAAGUGUUAUUCUUUUUUUUAAAUUGCAGGUUCUCUUGUUGCCUUAUUAGAGAGAAUCGGGUUGCUGUGGUGAUGAAGUCAUGGGUCGUCUGGAUUUCACCUGCGCUCGGACAUUCUGGCUUAAGACCUUAGAACCCAGUGUGUAUGCUUGUUUCAACUGCGUGACCUCUGAAAAUGAGCACUGGUACCAAGUAUGUUAUUUCUAAUGUGAUGGGAUCUAAUCUUUACAGUUUUGCUGUUGAAAUAUCUAGCUGACCGUUCUGUGCAGUAAUCUUGGAUUUGUAAAAAGCAUUUUGUAUAUGCAUUUUUUUUAUAUUCCUUUAAUGGGAACUGGCUAGUAUACUUUGUCUAUGGGAUUUUCUGUCUGAACAGCACAAUGAUAUGUUUUGGUGAGUUAUACAAGGGUUAGAUUUAUGAUGUACAACUAGUAUUGUGUUAGUAUUCCCAGUGAUAUAACCGUAAGUGGCCUUGACUAAUGCCAAAGACCCACUCUAAAUAUCCAAGACGUUUACAGCUUCUCUAACUGUUUUUAAAUUCAUAAUUAGUUCUAUUAUGGCAUGCUGCCUUUGAUAAAAUGUACGGGUGGAACCCACUUUUAUUAAUAAAAUUAUCAUUGUUAUAACAAUGAUCAACUUACAGUCAACCCGGACCCUAUUUUCAGUCACCCAAUAAACUCAGAUUAUUUUCAUACCAUCGUCACCAUGUUGAAGAAAUAGUUAAUAGUUAAGCAAAAUAUAUUUAGGUUCUUUCUUGCCAUGAGUUACAUCUGAAGAUUCCUGUUUCCAAUCUGUAUGCUCUAAGUACAGUAUAAGCUGUACAUUAGAUUCACAGAUAUGCUAGUUAUGCUCUUCCCAUCUGACUUUUAUCAAGAAAGCAAAUAAGUCUAUUUCCCUCAGAAACACCCCUUCGUUCCGAAUAAUCAAUAAAUUGUUUUGUAUAUUGUUUUUUCACUGAAAUGUAAAACAUGGAAAACCUUGGCUGAACAGUGAUUUUUUUUUUUUUUUUUAAAUUCACUAAAUCUCUUCACUGCAGUGUUGUCUGAUUACGGCAGUGUUUGUCCAUUUACUUACAGAAUAAAAGAAUAAAAAGUGUCAAAAGCCUUGUAA